AUGGAAAAUCAGACAGCGAAAAGACAAAAAGCUUGUCCCAACUCCGGCGACGGCAGAAUCUCCGAACUGCCACAACCCUUAUUGCACAACAUUCUCGCUUUCCUCUCCCAAGAGGAGGCGACCAGAACAUGCGUUUUGUCCAAAUCAUGGCGUUCUAUUGGCCCUACUCGCCCCAAAAUCGAGUUUAACGAAACGUGGAAUGAAGAGAAGCAUGAAAAGUUCCUAUCCAAUUUGGACAGUACGCUACAAGUUUACCGUGGCCGGAAGAUUUGCUUGCAAGAAUUUAUAUUGCGUGUAAGAAAAAUUAAUGCUAAAUCUGUUUCUCUCCUUAAAAAAUGGGUCCCGAUCGUCUUGCUCGAUAUGGGCGUUAAGAGGUUCCAUCUGAUUUCCAUCUCGAGCUACUUUGAUUUGCCGUCGAUCGUCUUUGAAGCUGAAACCCUUGAGGAUUUGCAUCUCAAGAACUGCAGGAUUGAAUCUGUUGAGAAUCGGUUGCAUCUUGCGGUGAAUGGCCCCACCAAGGCAGCUAUUGACCUCCCGAAUAUACUUUCUUUUGAAUUGUUAUGUGAUGAUUUCCCUUCAAUCACGUUGACAACAAAUUCCAGUGAGUGGAGGUCACUCAUACUCUUGAAGCGUGAACUGAUUACUAAGAGUGAAACUGCGUUGUUGUUUGUCAAGUUAAAUGAACUGCUUAGAGCAUUAAAUCAUUCUAGGAUUCAUCUGCACAUGAGGGAUUUCCCUCUGGAGGUACCACAUGGCUGUGGGGGUUUUGGAGAACCUGCCGUGAUUGAAUGCUUGGCCUUUUCUCACCGUCAUCCUUGUUCUUCCCUCGAAGCUUUUUUAAAUUAUUUUUUCGGCAGCUUUCGGCCGAGAUACAUAGAAGAGUCUUUCUAUCCUCGUUCAGAGUCUGAAGAGUAUGAAGAUAACAUGGAUGCUUAUUAUGCAUAUGAAGAGGAGCAUUUACGCUUCACCGAAUGGUAUGCUGCCGCUCGAGCGGCUCAAGUGCAUGGACUAGAAGAUGAAUACAUGGAGUUGCCAGCAUAUCCAGGGACCAAUCCGUAUGGAGAACCCAAUGAACUUAUUGAUCGUAUGUGGAUCUUCCUCAUGAAGAAAGAAAGGGAGGACCGCAUUUGGCAGCAGGAUUUAGAGGAAGUAAGUGUGGAGACCUAUGGUCAAAAUGGAGUCGAAUGGCGUUGUGUGCAAAGUGAGAAUUUAUCCCAAUUAGCGUUGCCGGACAAUGAUGAUCAAAAGAUGCGCUUUCAACUGAAAUGGAGAGAGUGA